AUGAACGGCGAUGACAACAUCAGCCGGAAGGAGCUCAACAAUUCGCUUGAGAAUCUCGGGAUGUGCGUGCCGGAGGAAAAGCUACGAGCGAUGAUUGGGAAGAUUUAUGUCGACGGGGACGUCCAUUUAGACGCUGAGGAGUUCGGCACCCUGUAUACUGUGGUGAUGGCAAACGCCGGAGGCGACGAGGGGGAUGACGGUGAGGAGGACGUGCGGGAGGAGUUUACGGAUUUUUUUCCAUCAGGACAAGGUGGGUUUAUCACGGCGGAUGAGCUGAGGUUGUGA